CGUCACGCCGGCCGCGCUCCGCCCCCCGCUCCUGCUCCCGGCGCCGCCACCUCGGCCCGGCGCGGGCAGGCGCGCGGGCAGCGCAGCCAUGGAGCCGGAGUGCCGGGUGCUCUCCAUCCAGAGCCACGUCGUCCGCGGCUACGUGGGCAACAAGGCGGCCACCUUCCCCCUGCAGGUUUUGGGAUUUGAAGUUGAUACGGUGAACUCUGUCCAGUUUUCAAACCACACAGGCUAUGCCCACUGGAAGGGUCAGGUGUUGAAUUCAGAUGAGCUUCAUGAACUUUACGAAGGACUUAAGCUGAACAAGGUCAACCGGUACGAUUAUGUGCUCACAGGGUAUACAAGAGACACAUCGUUUCUGGCAAUGGUGGUGGAUAUUGUCCAGGAGCUGAAACAACAGAAUUCUGACCUCGUGUAUGUGUGUGAUCCAGUGAUGGGUGACAAGUGGAAUGGAGAAGGCUCUAUGUAUGUGCCCAAGGAUCUCCUGCCAGUCUACAGGGACAAAGUUGUACCUGUUGCAGAUAUAAUCACUCCUAACCAGUUUGAAGCUGAGUUACUCACGGGCAGGAAGAUUUACACGGAAAAAGAUGCACUGGAGGUAAUGGAUAUGCUCCAUGCCAUGGGACCAGAGACUGUGGUGAUCACAAGCUCAGAUCUACAGGCACCUCUAGGAAAUGACUACUUGAUUGCUCUGGGAAGCCACAGAAAAACUAAAGCAGAUGGUACCAGGAUAACACAAAGAAUUCGAGUGGAGUCUCCUAAAGUGGAUGCUGUCUUUGUUGGAACAGGAGACUUGUUCGCUGCUAUGCUUCUGGCAUGGACACACAAGCACCCCAACAAUUUGAAGGUGGCAUGUGAAAAGACUGUGUCAGCCAUGCAGCACGUUCUGCAAAGGACCAUUAAGAGUGCAAAAGUGCAAGCUGGAGAAGGAAACAAACCAAACUCAGCCCAGCUGGAACUGAGAAUGGUCCAAAGCAAAAAGGACAUAGAAAACCCAGAGAUCAUAGUGAAAGCCACCGUGUUAUAAAGGCUCCACGUCUCCAAUAACGCACAAUGUAUCGAUGUCCUCAUUUCUUUCCUGUAAAUUGUAAUAUUUGCCUUAGAUCUGUGACAGAAACCUGACUUUCAUGAAAUAGUGCCCAGCAUAGGCAGAUACCCACUCUCAAACAUAUGUGCUGGCCUUGCUCAGUUUUAAAAACAGAACAGUUAGUGUGCAUUGAAGCAUACUCCCAGGUAUCCCAAUGUCUGUCAGAUUCACUUACUCUGUGUGACUACCCAGGGCAAGAGAGCAAUGUUCCUGCCUUGCCAAAGACUGUAGAUGUGAAUUUGCUAAUGGAAUGCUUGACUGACUGGAAAAUGUAUUUCAAGAUGGCAUCUAGUGCCAAUGGAGCUGGCUCCAUGCUCCCUUUUCCUGGAGGUACCUGGUUACCUACUGUGGUAUUCAGUAUCUCGGCUGCUAUGAAACUAAGCAGGGUUAAAUCUACACACACAGUUCUGGUUGUGUGUAGGAGUACUUUGAAGAUGUUUGGCAUGUUCAGUACUCUGAAGUGACCUUGAGGUGUCAUUCAUGCUACUGAUCUCUGCUCCUGUUUCUUGUCCAUGAACAGCUGCACAGUUUCAGUUGUCACAGGUUCUGGCUGCUUAUUUCUCAUGUCCGUGGGUGCCCACAUGAUUUUCCUGCUCCAGAAACGUCUUCAUUAACAAGAUCAUGCCUGGUAGCACUGGUUAGAAGUGUGUAGUUCUACCUCCGAGGCCAGGUUUGAUUCUCUGUUUAUAACUAAGGGCAAAAGAGAAAGCAGCUUGUACCCUGGAAGUUGGCUGCCUUGGUUUGUUCAUCGUGGGUGGAUGCACUUACAAACUACAUGGGCACUUCCACUUAACAUUAGUAAGCACUGCUGGUAGGCUUAGCAAUGAAGCAAUAUGGGAAAAGUAGUAUUUUUUGUUUAGUAAGGUCUGGUAAGUUACAUGUGUUUACCAAAUGCAGUGAAACAGAAAAAUUAACUUGUUCAUAAUGUCUCUGCAAGCAACACCAAUAGAGAUUACAGAAAUGCAUUACUAUUACUAUUAUUAUUAAUAAUACAUCUUGAUAUCAAGAUUCUGCUUGAUAAGGCUUCAAAAUGGGAUUUUUAGUCAUUUCAGCGUCCUAUGGAUCACAGCCACAUACUGAAGCAGCAGGGCAUGUCUGCUGACAGGUAUUGGCCAUUCACAUUUCCCUAGGAUUUCUGUAUGGGAUUCAUGUUCAUGCUUGUCCCAAGAUGAGGUCUAGUGUGAUGUUACAUCCAAAUUGAGUUGAUGAGCUUUACUUGUCUCAGACUACAUAAGGGGAUGGAAAUUGCAUUUCUAAUAGACUUCCUCUCCUGCAUUUGGCAUCAAAAGUGAAAAAAAAACCAACAUUACUUGAGAAUUUAAGGGAAAAAAAAUCAGCAGGAAUUUAUCUACAAAAUGUGAUUCUGCCAUCACAGUUUUUAGUAACCACUGUCAUGAAAUGACUUUCUAGCAAUAAUAAUUUUGGUGUUGUGAACAGUUGCUAAAACUAGCAGUCAGUAACAGAGAUAUGAGCUCAUGGCUCAUACCCAACAUGUAAAAAGUUGUGAACUACCUUGACAGUGUGUACAAGUAUCUGAUGGGAAGCAGUGAAGAGGGAACCAGGCUUUUCUCAGUGGUGUCCAGGGAAGUGAUAAAUGGGCAGUGGCACAAAUUGAAAUACAGGAAAAUCCAUUUAAACAUUAAAAAAAUAAAAUUCACUGUGAAGGUGAUCAAACACUGGUACAGGUUGCCCAGAGAGGUUGUGGAGUCUCCAUCCUUGGAGAUACUCAAAAUGCUGACUGAACAUGGCCAUGAGCAGUCUGCUGUUCUUGGCCCUGCUUGCUCAGGGGUUGGACCAGAGAUCUUCAGAGGUUCCUUCCAACCUCAGCCAUUCCAUGAUUCUCUGAGCACAUCAAACUGCCUUUCUUUGCAGCCCUGGAUUUUUAAAUUGGUGUGCAGGUAUUUUGUACUCCCUGGAACACAAACUUCCAGAUGGGCUGGAAAAUACUCAUAUUAAUAUUUUUCCCCCUUUUUAGAUAAGCUGCUGUUUGCUUGGGCAGCUGUGCCAGGAAGACAAUUACCUCUUUUGAGAUAAUUGCUUUCAGCAAAGAUAUUUAAAUACUGUAGUUGGUGAUGCAUUUCAACAGUUGAACACGAAAAGGAUUUUCACUGUUUCUAACAUUGAUUAACCAAGUGCUGCAUGCCAUAUUCCAAACAUAACUACGAGUUUAUUAAUCUUUUACAAUUAGACUGUUUCAUGUGGAAGUGUAUAAUCCCUACCAUCCUCUUAGGAAGAAGGGAUCAACACCCUGAACUUCCCUGCCUGUACAGACAAUGGUCAGUGCCCUUUUAGUAAAUGUGGGACAGCACAAUUUUAUUUUGCCAUUAGAAUAGACAGACUUCACAAGAGGAUUGAGAGAAAGGGAAGGGAUGUUUUCUCUGAAAUAAAGAAGUUUGGAAUUUGGGAAACUUGGAGCUACCUUGCAAACAAGGUUUUCAUUGUCAACCAUAAUGAGCCGUGAUCUUGACAUAAAAGACAAAGCGCUAUGUUUGUUGGAGCAGUUUAUACCUGUCAGGUGUAAUCUUUUCCCACUUCUUCAAAGAAUGGAUCAGUUCAGUAAUUAAUGUGGUCCUUAGAGUCUGUGACAUAUCCAUGUUAAAACAAAAACAAAGCAUAUUCAUACUAAUGUGCUCAAUUUGCAAAAGUUCCUAUUCCACAGUAGCUGGAUCCUGUAGCAAUGGGCUGCUGGCUUCAUCUGCUUGAGUCCCUGAGGGUUGCUCAUGUGAUAACUGCUUUAAACUCCCACUGACCUGAUCAAAAUUAGGUCAGGUUUAUGUCUUCAGUGAAGAAUUGGGCUUAACAUCUCUUGCAAGGAACAAACAUCAGAAAUUAUCUGUAAAUGUAUCCUGUAGCUAAUGUUUUGUAGCCACAGCAGGCUAACAGGUAUUUUUGAAUGUCAAAGUACACAUUUUUAUUUGUUUAGAGUUACACAAAGCUCAUGUGCAGAACAAAAUUCAAAGACUCAGCACAGUCCUGUUUAAUAUUUCAUUCUCUCCUUUCCUCCUGCAUAUAAUACCUGUAUCUUUUUCUGAGUUCGUGCUGUCUGUCUGGUGCAGCUGGAAAGUGUCUCAGUGCCAGACAGUGCCCACUAUUUAUAUAGGGGCUGGGAGGAGACUGACCAGCAUUGUCUGAUUCACUUGCAAACCUAUAGUUAAAGAUAAAAGGUUAGUCUAAACUAGCUUAGAUCCUAACUCAUUACAGGAGAACAAGCACUUUAGCCCAGAGAGUGGAGUCUGUAAUAAUGGAUAACCUUCCGUGGCCGUCCUGAGAGCAUGAAAGAUGUAACCCAGCAGUCCAGCACUCACCAGCUGGGGACUGGUGGCUUCACUGCCACGUGUGUGAGGUCAGAAGCACACGAGGCUUCUCAUGCUGCAGCACAUGGAAGCAUGGGGGAGGUGAAUGCUUUGUGUUUGUGUCAGAUCCCUUUUUCCUGGAGUGAUUUGCAGUGCCUGUGGCCACUGCUCAAGUCCACCCACUCGUUUGCAGAGCCACCUAUGCAGGAGAGACCAAAAGUUGUUUAUGAACCAUCUACUCUGGGCCUGGAUUUAGUCUCUAUGUGCUGAGAAUUGAGACAUGCAUAAAGACAUUGAGCUAAAAUCAGUGCUAGCCACACUCAAUAGAAACACUUCAGAAAGCUGCAGUAUGAAUUGUUAAUGUUUGUGUACUGAUUUUUAUCUCAAGUGGGGAGAAAUCUAUAAUCCAUGUGUUAUACAAAAGAAUUGGAGGACCAAGGUUUCCAGCUACUCAUACUGCCUUUUGAGUAUCUUAACUGUGUCUUGAUUGGAUGGUGUUAAUUUGUUGUCUGUUGUGGUGAUUGUAUUGAUUAAUUUUAUUUUAAAAUAUGUAGCAAGGAAGAUUGUAAUAAAAGCAUCUACAUUUAAUAUACUGUGCACACACAAAUUGUUAGAUCCUAUUUUUAAACAUGUUAAACAUUUCAGAAUUAAACAGCACAAGAAUGGUUUGGUAGUCCUGCUGAAUAAAAUGGAUGUAAUUAAAUUUUUUUCCUUAGUUAUGUCCUAGGAUAGAGAGAGGGUAGUUAAUGGAAGAGAGCACAUUUGUGCCCUGUUAUCAUCUUACUGUAAGGUAUGGAUGUGGAAGUGAGAAACAUCCUUGUUGUCUUAACUUUUAUAUUUCUUAAAGAUGUUUCAUGGGAAGAAGAUCGCUGGCAUUCUGCACCACUCCCUUGCAUUCCUCUUACUUAUAUGUGUAGGACCUCAUUGUGUUGUGCUCUUUUUUCCUGCAAACAGGGUGAGAAGAGGGGCUUGAAAUAAGAACCAUAACUCAUUUUGAGAUCUCUUUCUUGUGCAGCAUUUAACUGCACUCCUCUUCACUAAACUUUUACUUCACUGUGUAGGGUGGAGCAUACAGGACUGUAGAGUGGGAAAGAAAUGUUCCUCAUGCGGGAACAAGAGCUUCUGUCAGCACUCAGCAGUGUCCCUGCCAGGGUGGUGGCUUGCAGGAGGAGGAGAGCAGGGAUCCAGGUUGAGCAGAGCAGAAAGUGCUGUGUCAUUACACUUAUGUCCACUGGAGAAGUUUCGUUUAUAUUUAUACUAAAGAAAACCACCUCUCCUGAGUAAAGGUCCUUGCCCAGUUAAAGAGUGCUUUAAAAAGCUGGGACAUGUUGCAAAGUUUGGUCACUCUGGGACUAAAAUGUUUCUUUAUAAAAAGAAGCUCGACCCCUUCCUUUACAUCCCCUUGCAGCCAUACUGGCUUACUGACUGUAGUCAUUCCAUUCCUGUUAGAAUCCCAGGAUUAGAUACCCAGAGAGCUGUUCUUCCUGAAAGCACAUGUUCUUCAUGUUCCUGGUAAGUGAGAGCCUGCCUAGCAGUUCUGAAACAUGUCCAUUAAAGACAUUUGUCAGCCAUGGAAACUAAGCUUAGAGAUGUUCAGUCACAGCCCAAAAAUAGCUCUUUCAAAUAAAUGAAAACUCUUGAAAGUGCAUUAUUUUCAAUAAAUGAGUAAACCAGCGAGUUUAUAGAUGCAUGCAGGAGCAGAUUUCAGGUAAAUCCCCGAGGUUCAAUCAGUCACUGGAGGAGUGUGCCCUGAGCACACUGCUGCUGUCAGGGCACUGCUUCAGGAGAGACCCAGCUACUUCUCACCAUUUCCCAGAAGAGAGGAAUGUGGUGUGGCAUUCAGCAGCCAAGGAAAUCUCCCAUCUGCUUCACCAGGAAACCAGUGCCAGGUGACAGCCCCAGUGCCAGGUGACAGCCCCAGUGCCACCAGAUUGGUGCUUUUGCUGCUCUGGCAGCAGUGGACAUCGAGGCAGAUGGGACGCUCCUAAAUGUGCACAUCUUCCUGGCUCAGUGCCUCCACAGUGCAAAUAAUGGUAAUAAAUCCUCAAUUUUCAGAGCAGUGAAUAGGGCAGCACAUUAUUCAGAGAGAGAAAACCAGCAAUAUGAGAAGGCUGUGCCAUAUGUUACCACUGAAAUCACACCUAUUGCCCUCGUGGUUGCAUUGCUGUUUAGAAAAAAAUCUGUGUGUAGAAGAGUGUGAUUUAUGUACUCUUGUGUGUGUGUGUGUGUAUGUUGAAGCUUUAUUUGCAAUGUGGUAGGGGUGGGAAACAGAAUUUGGGGGGCUGGCUGAGUAGGCCUUCAGGAUGUGAGCAGAAGGUCUUAAAGAAUUAUAUUUUUAUAGAUUGUGCUGAAGCUUUGGGUCCCAGCCACACAUAGCCUUUUCUUCCAGAGAACUGAAAUGGUUUGGAAAGAGAGUCAGGUGGCUGUAAUAUAGUAGGGAUAGUACAACCCCACCAGCCCUGGACAAACUGAAUAAUUUAAUAAAAGAUGCCUUUUUAAGUAAUAUUUUUUUAGUGCUGAAUUGUUAAACAAAGAAAUAUUUAUGAGCAAACUUUCUAUGUACUUAAAAGUUUGUGUGGUGCUUUGUACUGACUAGGUGGACCUGUUAUAUGUUUACACAUCUUAAAUGAUUGUCCUUGAGGUGUGUGUAGUAAUUCAAUGACUUCUAUGCCAGAAAAACAAUGAAGUUCUGUGUAAUAGCAAAUGAUUUAAUUUCUGAUGAAACUGUAGGCUUUCUAGUGCUUGUGUAUUUUUCUGGUUGGCCAUUACAAGUUGUAUCCUUCCUGCAGUAAGGCUUGUACGCUUGAUUGUAGAGAGAGGCAAUAGGAUGGUAGAUAACCAUUGUUUAAAAAGAAAACCCUAAAUAUUGCUACCUUAUCCAUUUUAAAAUCAGGUAAGGUUUGUGGCAUAAGCCUGAAAUUUUGCAUUGGAAUCAAGUUUCAAAUACAUAUAGGGUAGGUUAAAAGUUGGGGAUGGGUUUGUUUGUUUAAUUAAAUAAGACUGGGAGGUCUUAAAAGUGCUUAAUAGCAAUAUAUACAUGGACAAGCCAAGAGAUGGAACAAAAAUGGCUUGUUCCCAUUGUAUGAACCUGACCAAUUAAUUCAUAGCUUGUGCUAAACCUGUGCACAGACAGGUGAAUAGACAAAUGGGAGAAAGUAAAGAUUUUUUUCCUUAUAGGUUGUCAGCUGUAAUAGCGUGAGGAAUUUUAGCUGUUUGUUCUGAAUUCAAAUUCAUAAAUACCUUCCAGAAGAGCUGAGUUACCAAUAAAGUCCCAUUCAGUCAAAAGGCAAAGCUGUUGACAGGGUUCAAAACCAGAGCAGGAUUUUUUCAUCUUGCCAAACAUACUGAGUCUUUGUUUCCUAUGGCUGGGAGACCAGGGCUAAAGCCCAACUGUCAAGAUAUAUUAAUUUUUUUAGUUGAACUUUGGGGUCUGUCUAAAAAGUGCAGGGGUCUGCAGCAUAAAGGAGUUUUUGGAGCAUGGUCCUAUGAUAAAUGUCAUCACCUACUGCAGCAGUUGGUGAUUUGGCAAAACUGAGCAUCACUUGUUACAUCCCUUUUAGUAAACGUGGCAGCAUCCUCAGCCCUCUUGUGAAUAAAUCACCACUGCAAAAAGCAGAGGAGAAUUUAUCACGAGUUUUUCUCCCGAGAGUUCCUGAUUUCUGGAUGUGUUAAAAGAGAAGCACUUCUGCUUUGCUAAGUUAGCAGGAGAAAUGUCACCGAGAUGAAUAAUGUAUGAGGAGGGAGGCUGUGGCAGGGAACAGCAGUGCUGGGGAUAUGUUGUGCCUGGCUUUUCCUCCCCUGGGAAUCUGUGGGUGCAGUGUCCUCGUGGUGGUGGCAGAAUGACUGUUUUGCCUGCAUCCUCCCGUGGGGGAAAUGUGGAGGAGUUACUCUGAGCAAGUGGGGAGCUGAGGUCGGUGUGGAGCUGUUGGGUUUGUUUGGCAGUGCUGUACCAAGGCAGUGGUUCAGCACAACUCUGUGUGCCCCCAAAAGCCCGUGGUGUACAGCUGCCUGCUUGCCUGGCCGUGGUGUAAUGCCCUUAGAUUUCUUCUGCAGGCCAUGGAGAACCAAGAGACUCUGGAAGUGCAUUAUUCAGAUGAUUCAGGCUUGGCUUUUGUGCUUUUGGAAAGAAAGGUAGAGAAUUAUUGGCUGCUGUGGUAGAUACAACUCAUCCAUCCCAGCUACACCAUAAAAGUGUGCCCUACCCUUCCUCUCCCAUCAUCUCUGCUGGCUCUGAUUUGCCUGUCCCCAUAACGAGGGACAUGAAGGAGCUAAAAUCAAUGGGGAAUUUAUGCAGUCAAAACCACUGAAGUUCUAAUCUGCUUUAGUUCUCUUAACCUCCUCAUCCUGGGAACAGAAAAGUGCUUGUGCUGCUGCCAGGGAGGGUCUGGGACAAUGCAGCUGCUCAAAAUGGGGGAGAGUGGAGUUGCCUCUUUCCCUGGCACUGAGAUGCUGCAUGAGCAGGGCCUAACUGCAGAGCUGCACUGUUAAUGGUAAAGAAAAGAAAUCUUUGUGAGUGAAGUGCUUGAAAGAAGAGCUGGAGAUUCAGUAAGUCAGAGUUUGGUGUUCUCAAUCCACUCUAUCCUCUGUGUUGCAAAAAUAUUAUAGCACUAAAAAAGUUGGUGUGGCUGUUCUUAAUGAUCUCUGUGAUGCUUGUGCCUAGCAGAGGUGAAAAUAGCAUUCAAUAAAGCAGUGCUCUAACUAGGGAAUGUAAUAGGAAGAUCCAGGUGGAGAAAAUGUCAAGUUUGUUUUCACAGCACUUGCAUGGUGUCAAAAGUUGUCCAGGUCUGGCUCUUUUCCUUCCUGCCCCCUUUAAGAAAGGAAGGAAUGACAUGAAUAAAUCAAUUAAUAAAUAAGGGCAGUUACCUGGGAAUUUAUGUGGCAUUGGUAUUCAUUUUCAUGGACAGAUUGAUAAAUCUUUCCACACCAGAGGUCUCUGGUUCCCAAGGGGUUUUCAGAGGUGUGAUAGAGCCUGUCACAGCUGGCUUGGAGCGCAGUUCUUGGGACUCAGCUGUGACAGAUGACAUUGGGAUGCCACCUGCAGGCACUCCUGUCCCGUAGUUGGUACAGCACAGGUAUUCACGUGCCUGAUACAUGCUAGAUGUGAAUCCUUGCCUUGGUAGGGAAGGAAACUUGGGCUUGUUGCUGGAGCUGCAGUGAUGGGAGGAAACCCUCAAGAAUUCAGCACCAUCCAGUGAUCCUGCCAUUUGCUGUCAGUGUUAGUGCAAUGUAUCCCCUUUCAGUGUUGUUUUCUAUCUGGGAGAUGGGAGGAUGGCAGCCUCCACAUGCAAGUGUGUGCACUGCUUUAACAUGCUUUUAUCUGGCUGAAUGUGAAAAACUAAUCAAGAUUGUUAAAAAUGGAGGGGAAGGAUAGCUAUGAAUCUGCCUAGGACCUAAGUGAGUAGAGAAACGAUGAAAUUUGUCUCUAAUUCAGAAAUAAUUCAGUAUUGACCAAAUGAGUGCCGUGUCUUCAACGGGCAGUAGCACCUGGAAGAGACCAAUAUUUAGGGUUUUUGCCCAAAGCACAUUUAGCCCUGCUCUACUGUUUAGUGAAAACGCCCAGUGCAGAUGCCACCAGAGCCUCAUCUCGUGGAGUAAUGCUGUAAUAAAGAAUGUGGUUUUCUUGUGCAAGUCUUGACCUCUUCUUAUGAAAAUAACACACAACUCAGUAUUUUCAUGGUGUAUAAGUGAAAUGUAGGUUUUUUUUCAAUAAAAUACAUUUCCUUUCCUAAA